AUGAUCAGAGCCCUUCCCAGGUCAUGGACAUUAUGCUCGAGAUGUUUGCUAAAGAAUGUUCAGACCCGGAGGCUAGCCACUGCUGUUGAGCCUAGUGCUCUAUCGUUGGCGGCGGCGACAGCGAGAGCUUAUUCACCAACGGUCCAUACCAACCCCGCCGCUGCAAAGGAGGAUAGGACUCUCAGAGAUAUAUUGUAGGAUUUUUUAUAUCCUAUUCCUUUAAAUUGUCAAUUCCGCAGAUUAUAAAUAAAUUCAAUGACUGAUCAAUCCUGCUCAGCGACAAUCCAGAGGUCUGGAAAGCGUUCAAUGCGAAAUCGCACGCACCGACCGUUCCACGAACCGGCUUGUUCCAGAACAAAGACUUGACAUCACCAGCUGGGUUCCAAACCUAUGCGAAUCGAACGUUAAAAAAGGCGCAGGCACUCGUCGCUAAGAUUGUCAACGCGCAGUCCCUCGAGGAAUUACUGCAUGUUGUGAGGGAUUUGGAUAGGCUCAGUGACCUGCUAUGUCGAGUUAUAGACAUGGCGGAUUUCGUCCGAUCCACCCAUCCGACACAGAGUAUUGCGGUGGCGGCACACGAAGCUUACGGACUCAUGUACGAGUACAUGAACAUCUUGAAUACUACUACGGGACUCUACAGCACUUUGAAGAGGGCACUGGAGAAUCAGGAGGUUGUUGAGCAGUUGUCUGAUGAGGAGAAGACUGUUGCGAGAAUUCUAUAUAAGGAUUUUGAAAAGAGUGGAAUUAACCUCCCCGCUACAGCACGGAAGAGGUUUGUCGAGUUGAGCAACCGGAUUGCGGAAUUAGGGCCUGAGUUUGUCAAUGGGAUGGCGCCGCAGAAGAGCGUGCUCAAGUUCCCGAGCUCGAAAUUGCACGGGAUGGAUCCGUUGAUUGUACGGGAACUGACGAAUAAGGGGACCGUGGCGCUGCCAACUAUUGGGAUGCCGGCCACUCAUGCUUUGAGGAUGGUGGAGGAUGAGGACGUUCGGAAGGAGGUAUAUCUUGCUUGCCAUACCAGUUCCAAUAAGCAGUUGGAGAUUUUGGAGGAGAUGUUGAGAACCAGAGCGGAGUUGGCGCAACUAGUUGGAUGUGAAUCUUAUGCGGAGGUAGCGCUUGGAGAUAAGAUGGCUCGGUCGCCGGAAGCUGUCCUGAAGUUUUUGAAUGCGCUCUCAGAAGCUAAUAAACCCGCUGCUGUAUCGGAGAAAAAUAUCCUACAGAGUAUCAAGAGGGAACUGGGAAACGACACUGAAUUACAAGCUUGGGAUAAAGACUACUACUCCACGAGGCUAAUCCAGGCAAUCCGCUCUCACCACCGCUCACCCGACUUUCUCUCUUCCUACUUCUCCCUAGGAACUGUGAUGCAAGGCCUCUCAAGGCUCCUAACAAGACUAUACGGUGUCCGCUUCGUCCCCCGUGAAACCUCUCCGGGUGAGACCUGGAACGACGACGUCCGGCGUCUGGAUAUUCUUGACGAAUCCGACGGACACAUAGCGGUGGUCUACUGCGACCUCUUUGAGCGCCGGGGGAAGAACCCAAACCCAGCACACUUCACCGUCCGCUGUUCCCGAGAAAUCACCGACGAGGAGUACCUCGAGUCCGCACUAUCCGGUGACCGCGAAGAUGAUGGCAUGGCCUCAGCCCGGCGGGCAGACGGUAAACUCUACCAACUCCCCACGAUAGCACUGAUCUGCGACUUCUCCCGCGGAGACCCAAGCAAACGCCCCACACUCCUAAACUUCCGCGAAGUCCAAACCCUAUUCCACGAGAUGGGUCACGCAGUGCACUCCAUCCUGGGGCGCACGAGCCUCCACAACGUUUCGGGGACCCGCUGCGCAACGGACUGGGCCGAGCUGCCGAGCGUGCUAAUGGAGCAUUUUGCCCAAUCCCCCGCCGUCCUCUCUCUUUUUGCACGCCACUACGAAAGCGACGAGCCCUUACCCAUGCACCUCAUCGCCGACCGCCUACACCAGGAAUCCCUCGCUGAUGCCACAGAAACCCGCGGCCAGAUAAUCCUAGCCCUGCUCGACCAACACUACCACUCCGCGCUCCCGCUCUCCCGCGACUUCAAUUCCACCGCUGUAUUCCACGAGAUUGAUCGUGCUUACGCACUAUUACCGGCCGGAGAGGGCACCAGCUGGCAGGGCUUCUUUGGGCAUUUGUAUAGUUACGGCGCCACUUACUACGCUUAUCUAUUUGACCGUGCGAUCGCAGCGAAGGUGUGGAAGGACGUGUUCGAGGCAGAGCCGACCCGGCGGGAGGGUGGGGAGAAGUUUAAGGAGGAGGUACUCAAGUGGGGCGGUAGUAGGAAUGGGUGGAAGUGCCUUGCUGGGGUUCUCGGUAGGAGGGAGCUCGAGGAGGGGGGCGAGAGGGCGAUGGUGGAGGUUGGGAGGUGGGGGAGUGACCUGAAGUAA